UUUCACCUGGCUUUGCAGUCAAGUCCACACCAGCCUGGUGACCCACUUCCGUGGUCAAAUUGUUGCAGAGUUUGACAAGGAAUUCCGGUACUUGUAUGCAGAGUCCAGAGCAGUGACCAGCUUCUGUGUGCCAGAUCCUGAAACCUGCCCCUCUUCUCAGAAUACCUCAAAAGUUGCCAACUCCUUUUUAAAAGCUGCACAGGUCAACGAUGCUGAAACCUCAAGCCCCUCCAGCAGCCUUUCCAACAUAAGCAUCAGAAGCAUAAAAAUGUCUCCCUUUCUGAAAAACUCCAGCUACAACGUACACCAGGAAAAGCAAGACUCGAGCUCUGAUUCUGGUAAUAAGAAGGGGGAGGAAGACACAUCUCUGAAGCCCACUUGCCCUAAGCAGCAAGGAGAACCACCAGACUCACCGAACAGUCCUCCAAAUAAAUCCACCCCAGCCUUGUAUCACAAAUCAAAUCUCAUGACAGCAAGGACAUUCUUGCAGCCGGAGCCUUCCCCUGCCCUGAGCUCCAAUAAACCUAGUUAUCAAGAGGACAAUAAGGCUAACAGCAGGCACUGCUCCCCACAGGAGCAGACGUUGCAGUCCCUUUCGGAGGGUGCCGGUAGCAACGGGACAAGCAUGAAGCAGAAAGGGCCUGCAGAAAGGGAAGUGACAGCAGAAAAUGACAACACUUUUUAUGGGAUUGACAAAAGGCAGAGUCCCGGACAAGGAAAAUUGGACAUGCUAUCCCCAUACAACCAGUUAAAAAGAGAUAAAAAGCCUGUAGUUCCCUCCUAUGAUAAACUCACUGAGGACAUGCUGACAGAAAAGAACAGCACGUAUGGGGCUGAGAAAAGAAUGACUCUUGGGCACAGUAAGCUGGAUCUGAUCACCAAGUACAACAAGUUAAAAUCUAAACACAUACACAGUAGGUUCGAACUCUGA